AUGCCUAAUGCCAUAGUCGGCGAUGCUGAUUUAGCGGUACAAGGAACAAAAGAAGUUGAGUUGUCGGAAAAUACAAGCCAACCCAUUUCAUUACACGAGAAUGGUUCAGUGACCGUUCCACUUUUCACGAAAACAUCAACGACUAGCUUGACAGACCAUCCUGAAGUGAACAACAAAGGAUGUUGUGUAAUUGUUCAUCGAUGGUGGAACGUUGAUUAUCGUUGUCAACACCAAAUUAUUGAAUUUGUCGAAAGACCCAUAUUUCAUAUGUUCAUUAUAAUGUUUGUGUUAAUCGAUUGCUUUCUUGUCAUAGGUGAGCUCAUGUUCGACUUUUUUAAACUUCGAGAACCUUGUCAUUCGAAAAAUUCUCAUCAUGAACACCAUCAUCAAUUUGAAAUGAUUGCUGAAAUCCUCCAUUAUUCGUCAUUGAUCUUACUGGGAAUGUUUCUUCUCGAAGUUGUUGUAAAAAUUUAUGCAUUCGGCCGGCAAUGGUGGAAUUUUCAUAACAAGAAAAUGGAAUGGCUAGAUGCAAUCAUUGUGAUCGUAUCGUUUGCUGUUGAUCUACUACUAUUGCAUAAAACGAGUAUGAUUGCUGAGAUUUCUCUGCUGUUCAUUUCUAUUCGUCUAUGGAGAUUCAUUCGAAUAGUCAACAGCGUGGCACAAUCUGUUCGAUCACAAGAUGAAACUCGAAGAGAACAUUUGGCAGCAACAUACAUUCAAAUGAUUGAGUUACUGUUAAAAAUCUCCGAACAAAAGACCAAUACGAUGUCGGAGUUUUGUAAUGACUUCGAAUUCGAAAGUCGAAUUCAAAACUACAUCCAAAUCGAUCAGCAAUGUCAUCUUAUGAUUGAACAUUGCUCAAAACCAUCAUCAUUGAACACUAUUCAUGACAUGAUCCAUCGCUUACAGAAUGCCAUCGAUCAGAUGGAAUAA